CUCACAUUUAGUACGAACCCAAUGAUCUCCUGAACUACAAACGAAUAUGUUUUUUACAUUUUUAUUUAUUAUUGGUACAUUAAUUUUAAACACGCUAUCAGAAGACAUAGUGAAACCUAAUAUAGUUUUCAUUGUUGCAGAUGAUUUGGGAUGGGACGAUGUUAGCAUUCACGGAUCUGAUCAAAUCAUGACACCAAAUAUCGACAUAAUGGGAUAUGAAGGUACAAUAUUGCAUCAAUAUUACACGGACUCACUAGGGACCGCGUCGAGGAGUGCUCUUUUCACUGGAAAAUACGCUAUUCGUCUAGGGACUCACGGUUCAUCGAUAGCGGCAACGGAAGAUGGUGGGGUACCGUUGUCCGAACGUCUCCUACCUUCUUAUUUGCAAGAUGCAGGAUACACUACACAUUUGCUCGGUAAAUGGCAACUGGGGCAUUCGAGGAAAUCUUAUUUGCCAACAAGCAGAGGGUUUGACACUUUCUAUGGCUUCGUAACCGGAUCAGUUGACUACUAUACGUAUAGCCAUGUGGAGAGUUUUAAUGGAUCUGCGUUUUUCGGGCUUGAUUUGUUCGAAAACACGCACCCAGUUGAUAAUCAAACAGGUCAUCUCACUGAUAUUAUUACAGAUCAAGCUAUUCAAAUUAUUAGAAACCAUGAUAUAAAUAAGCCGCUUUAUCUCCAUGUAUGUCAUGCUGCUCCACACGCAGGCGGUGGUUUGGUUCAUUUACAAACUCCCGAAGACACAAUAAACGCAAAUGAUCAUAUUGCUCACUCUGCUCGAAGAUUAUAUGCAGGUAUGGUUACAGGUCUAGAUAGAAGUAUUGGAAAUAUUAUAGCAGCACUAGCAGAAAGGGAAAUCCUUGAUAAUACAUUGAUUAUAUUUGUUUCGGACAACGGUGCUGCGCCCGUUGGGGCGACACAAAAUUUCGGAUCCAAUUUACCCUUGAGAGGAACGAAGGGAAGACCUUGGGAGGGCGCUAUUAGAUCAAUCGCUAUAGUAUGGCAUGCGUCAAUCACACCUCAAAUCUGGAAUGGAUUAUUCCAUGUUACAGAUUGGUUGCCUACUUUAGUUGCUGCAGCCGGAGGUAAAGCUCCAACUGGAAUCGAUGGUGUGAACCAAUGGAAUGCUCUUACAAAAGACGAGGAUUCGAGUAGAAAGCGUUUACUAUUAACAGUUGACGAUUUGAACGGUUGGGCUGCGUACAGAGAUGGAGAUUUCAAAAUAAUAAUCGGAGAUGUUGAUAAGGAAACCAGUGUUUAUUUAGGAAAUGAAUUCAAAGAAUUGCGGCUGCCAGUACAUUUAUACGAGAGCACGCUACUUAGUUCAGAAGCUGCUCAUGUUUUUAAAGAGAUUUUAGAUUUAUAUUUGGACUUAGAUGAAAUAUUUCAUAAAAGAGAUAAGCUGAGUUUACGUUCGAAACAUAAUAUUUCACAAGAAUUUAAUUUUUGCGUACCAACAAGAGAAUCAGGGUGUUUGUUUAACAUCACAGCAGAUCCUUUAGAAACCACGAAUUUAUGGUCUUCAUUGCCUGAUGUUGUGAGACGUAUGGUUUUGCGACUACGUUAUUACUGGGCACAAAUAAACCCUAGAUGUUUAGUGAAAAUCGAUAAAAAAUCUGAUCCCUCCCUUCGUGAUUUUGUAUGGUCACCAUGGCUAGAAGAUAAUGAACAAGUAGCAAAACCAAUCAGAGAUAGGCCACGAUUUCCUCUCAAAGUUUUAGUUGGGGAAUUGCAAUAUUUAAUUGAUUCAAAAUUCAACAAUUUUAGUGAAACAAUGAGUGCCUAUGUUAAAUCCAUGGCUGAUUCGUUUUUAGAGAAUGUUAGUGAAUUGUUUUCGUUUUAAUUAAAAUGUAAUUUAAAAAUUAA